AUGGCAAGCAUUGAAGAAGUUAGACAAGGAUUGAAGGACGCGAGGGAGAGGCGAAAAUAUGUAGUUGAUGCGUUGGAAACGUUCAGAAACGGACCUCGCGGAAAGCGACUGUAUUUCUUAUAUCACAAGGAGUUGGAGGACAAAGGACUUAAUGAAGCGGAGCAAAAUGAGAAGAACAUGUUGGCAUAUAGAGAGGACAGGCUGGAGGAGGCUGCAAUGGAGGUGGAGGCAUGGGGAGCGAAGCUUCGUGAGAUGACAAGUGCAGCAACAGCUGUUCAAACAGGUAAUAAGCACAAACAAGAGGCGUCGGAGGAAGAAACAGAACAUAAACGCUAUAUGAAACGCUUAGCCAGACUUCCCUGCCCAAGCGAUCUAGCAAGAACUUGGCAACAACCAUCAAGCUGCGAUCCAAUGUUCCUGAAUCAUCGCCCAUUAUCUUCCAGUGGUAUUCCAACAGAACUACUACACCCAAUCUUUGAUUUUCUCAAGAUCGGACAUAUCAAUUAG